UCAGGUUGACUCGUUUCUCGCUUAAGUUUUGGUCGCGGGAGUGUUGACAGAUUGUUUAGCCUGAUUGGCCAAUGCCAAUACAGGGCAAUGAGAAAAGCACUCCACGGCGGUACACCUGAGAGAUACGAUGACAAGGGAAAGUCUCUGGCCAAUCGCGAUAAGCGUGUCCUACAGUGAUUCCUCGACUGUUGUGCGAGGUGGAAGUCAGUGGAAUCCAAGCGCGACCACCAUGGCGUCUUUGUUGUUCGCGCUUCUCGUGGUCUCGGCGGCACUGCAAGGUACGAACGUGUGGGCGUCGCCGCCGCCGUCUGGAGCGGGCCUCUUCAUUGUAGAUGGCAACACAGCUCUGCAAGGUCAGUUCCCCUACCAGGUGUCAGUACGCCGCCUGGAGUGGGGCUCCUGGAGACACCGGUGCGGGGGGUCCAUCGUGACCGCGGACUGGGUGCUGACCGCGGCGUCGUGCGUCGAGGGCGCGUGGUUCCUCAGGGUAGCCGCUGGGAAGAGUAACUUGCGAAUCACGGAAGACGGCGAACAGGUGGUGAAGAUCUCCAAGACGGUUGUGCACCCUGAUUUCAAGAAGCUCGAAAGCAGGACGUGGGAGAACGACGUCGCGAUGUUGCGGACCAAAACCCCCUUCACGUUCUCAGACUACGUGCGGCCGGCGCGGCUCCCGCUGACGGAGUACACCACGGAAGGCGGCGCCCUGAUCGUCACCGGCUGGGGAGUGUCUUCCCCCGGCGGCUGGUUCAACUGGGGGCGGAGGAAGCCGGACGCCCUCCAGGUCACCGUGGUCCAGACGACGCGCUGCCCCGCCCCGCCGGUCCGCCACGGCCAGUCCCAGCCCCAGCCCCAGCCGCCCCAGCCCCGCGCGCUGUGCGUCGCGCCAGGGUCAACUCCGUGCGAGGGCGACGAGGGAGGUGCUCUGGUGGAGAUGCUGGCCGACAACACGUUCACAGUCGUCGCCAUGGUGACCAGGACGCCGAAGAACUGCAAGAAACCGAAAGAGCCCAGUGCGGCCGUCAGCGUGUUCGACUUGCAGACAUUUAUUCAGGACACCAUGGCAUCGUAUUAGUUGUUUUCAAUUCAAUUUUGUCAAAAACGAAUAUACGAUUGAUUCAACCCGA